AUGUGCACACUGUUUAAGUAUACCAUUAUAACAGGAUCUUUCAAGUAUAAAAGUGCAUGCUCCGCAGCCUUGCGCGGGGCUCGAAGCAUGGUCAUGUCGACAACAUCAACAACCCCCACGGAGCACACGCCAAUGCCUUCUGCAUUGAAAUUUGACAUCCAUGCCAAAUGCUCUACAACCAAAGCUCGGGCAAGCACACUGCGUCUACCCCAUGGAGCUGUCUCAUUGCCGAUAUUCAUGCCUGUUGCGACGCAGGCGUCCCUCAAAGGUCUGACGUAUGACCAACUGAAGCAGACAGGGUGUAUGCUGUGUUUGAAUAACACGUACCAUUUGGGUCUGAAACCGGGACAGGCUGUCCUGGACAAAGUGAGCGGCGCACAUAAGUUGCAAGGAUGGGAUCGAAACAUCCUGACUGAUAGCGGCGGCUUUCAAAUGGUAUCAUUGCUUAAGCUCGCGAAUGUCACAGAAGAAGGUGUUCGGUUCCUCAGCCCUCAUGAUGGCUCGCCUAUGCUCCUUACCCCCGAACAUUCCAUUUCCCUUCAAAAUUCGAUCGGAUCAGAUAUCAUCAUGCAGCUAGAUGAUGUGAUCGCAACUACAUCACCUGAUCAUGCCAGAAUUGAGGAAGCUAUGGAACGGUCUGUCCGAUGGUUAGACCGAUGCACAGCAGCGCAUAAAUACCCGGAGAGACAGAAUCUGUUCUGUAUCAUCCAGGGUGGCUUGGAUCUGGAUUUGCGGAGAAAAUGCUGCGCUGAGAUGGUCGCGCGAGAUACCCCGGGAAUCGCUAUUGGUGGCCUUUCUGGUGGUGAAGCGAAAGAGGACUUCUGCAAAGUGGUGGAUACCUGUACCGGGUUACUUCCAGAAAGAAAGCCAAGAUACGUGAUGGGCGUGGGCUACCCCGAAGAUCUGAUCGUUGCAACCGCACUCGGCGCAGAUAUGUUUGAUUGUGUCUGGCCGACGAGAACAGCGCGAUUUGGCAAUGCUGUUACCCCGAAUGGUAGCCUCGACCUUCGGCAUUACUCCUUCGCAGACGACUUUGGCCCGGUUGUGGAAGGGUGUAAUUGCGCCUGCUGCACGCCUCGAGAUAAGGGAGGAUUAGGGAUUACCAGAGCAUAUAUUCAUCACCUGGCUUCGAAGGAGACUGUCGGCGCUCAUCUUCUCACUAUUCAUAACGUUCAUUACCUCAUUGCCCUCAUGGGGUCUGCCCGACAAGCUAUCAUUGAAGAUAGAUUCCCUGCUUUCUUGCACGAGUUCUUUAGCAAGCUCUAUGGGGAUAAAUUAAAUUACCCGGAGUGGGUUGUAGGUGCGCUCCGGCGAGUUGGGGUUGAUUUGCUCGCGGAUUAA